AUGUUUGAAGAACUUUGGGUACAACUUUACCAAUCUUUUAAGAUUACUGUAAUACUAUUAAUAUGUUAUAUUAUACUACAAAAAUUAAUAAAUGCAAUUAUUAUAGGAUUUAUACGAUGGAAACAAAUAAAUAUAAAACAUUUCUAUUUUAGAUUUUUAUUAGGUACAACAAUAUAUGGUAUCAGAAUCACAACACAAAAGUUUGAUUUAAGAAUAGCAAGAUUAUACUUAAAGAUUGGUUGGAAACCUUCUAUUAAUUUCCACGGAAUAGACCUAUCAAUCUUCGAUAAUAAUGAUACAGAUUCAAAGGAAACACUCAAGUCACCCAAUGACACUAGAAACAGUUAUUUUGAUGCUAUUAAUGAAACGUUCAACUUUAGAGUUCAUAAACAAUAUUUACUUUGGAUACGUCGGUUAUUAUCCCUCAAUACAUUCGUACGAUCUGCAAAAAUUACAGGCCCUUCUAACGAAUCAUUCUCAUUUAAUCUUUGUACAUUGACCAUUAUACAUAAACAGGAUGAUAGAUUUGUAAUGGAAUAUUUUCUUCAUGGAUUAUCGAAUAUAAAGACAAAUGAAACAGUGAAUUAUAUUGGAUUUCAUCUGAGCUUUAAGAUGGCACAGACAGAAGUUGAAAAGGAUAAUUACGUGAAACUAUCAAUAAGUGAAUGGCAUUCUUCAUUGAAAAUUGGUGAUGCUCAUAUUAAAGUUGAUAAACAUAUGAUAGAUAAACAACUUAAACAAAAUACGGAACAAAAAAAAUUAAACUAUAUACAAAUGAAAAAAUUAGUACAUAUGAGAGCCUCAAAAAUUGUGAAAUCUUUGAAGAACCCUUUGAGGAGUCUUAAUAUCCUUGACGUUAAGGUAGAAAAUUUAAGAAUUACUUGUAAACAAAUUGCAUCAGUAAAUAUUUCCAGUAUCCAAUUGUACUUAGAAGCUGUCAAUGUAGCAAAUUAUGAUACCGCUUUAGAUAUUCUUCCACCAAACAAACAUAUGUGGGGGGACUACGAGAUUGCAAUCUCUGCUAACUCAAUCUUAUUUAAAGUUGGAGAAUUAUCAACAUUUAGAAUUCCAUUGGUUAAUAUUAUUAUUACCACUAAUAUCAUAUUACAUUAUGCAGAAGAUUUCCCAUUUAAUCAAACAAGUUUAUCGAUUACCUCCAAUAUCGUUAACCCCUCAAUAUUUUCAACCAUAUCUGAAAUUACCAAGGCAUUAAAAUCUUUAAAUUCAAUCGGACCAGAAACCACUUUAGUUACAAAACAUAACGAACAAUUUCCUAAUCCAUCCAUUGAUUAUCUAAUCGCCAUAUCGAAAGAUUUAACAAAUCUUCCAAACGUUAUCUUCGAAUUUAAUAUUGCAAACUUUACAUCCACUUUUCAAAUUUCAGAUAAUGAGAAUAUAAUUUUGAAAGUAUUAAAUGUUCAAUCACUAUUGGGACGUAGCCAUACAACUAAUGUAAAAGUCAAAGAGCUGGUUUCUUUGGAAGGUGAACCCAUGCCUAAUGUGAAAUUUCACGGAAAAUCUUCGUUUUCAAACUUUGUUAAAGUUGUUGGUACUGAAUUUUCAUAUUUAAAAUUAUCACACAAUCAACUAGGUGAGGCAAUUAGUAUUCCAAUAUGUGGCUUUGAAAGAUUAGACCUAUUUUUGGAUGAAUUUUCAAGAACAAAAAUGGCUACCCAAUGUACAUUAAGACAUGCAUAUCUAACAUUUGAUGAUAAAAUUGUGUUGGAAAGACUUCAUUCAUCUUCAACUGCAUUGUUACAAAUGAUAUCAGAACACAAGAAAAUGGCUACAAUGAAGGAUGGAACACUACAUAGCUCUUUUAUGUCUAAAAAUAACAUAGAUUUUGCUCUAAGAUUCAGAAUGAAAGAUUUUACUAUCUCUGCUGUAAUUGCAUCCUAUAUUCCAGAUCUUUUGGAUCCAUUAGCAACAGAUAGUUUUAACCUGAGUGAUAUUGAUAGAGGUAUGAGAAUUAUUAUUCAAGAAUCAAUCAUAAAAAUUACCAACACAAUUAAAACUGUAGAAAUUAAUGAUGCGUCCGUAUACCGUGUUAUGGAUAACGAGUCUGCGCAUGCGGUCUCAGAUUCUAUAGUAACUUUUACAAACUUGAAUAUAGUCAGAAAUAUGGAUGGUAGUACCACUUUCAAUUUACCUGCAAUCCGUUUCAAACUUGAUAUUUCCUUGGUUUGGUUAUUUUUUUACCUUAAAAGUAUUUUCCAAAAGUAUGUUCCUAAGAGGAGUGACCAUCCAACUUCUAAAAUUGGUAGUACAAGACUGCGCAAACUUAAUAAGAUAGAAAAGAUAUUAGAAUCAACAACAAUAAAUAUUGAUAAAAUAAUUAUCCAGAUAACUUUACCUGAAGAAGUCCCUGUUCUAUUCGUUAUCGAGAAUACACUUUAUUCCAAAGAAAAUACAACACUUUACACAAGCUCUUUGUGCAUGAUGGUUGAGUCAGUUUAUGUAGCUGAGUCAAGAGUCUACUUUCAUUUAAUGGAUAUGCGUGAUUUAAAGAUGAACAUUAGCAGUAUAUUAGAUUCUGGUAUGAUCGAACUUGAGACAUCAUCAAUUACUUUACACACAGAAUAUCACUUUAAGUUUUAUAUGGUUUUAGACAAUGUCAUUACAGCCUAUAAAUCAUUCAAACAGCUCAGGACUGCAUUUUCUGAUCUUAAUGUAUUUAAUAGAGUUUAUCCGUCCAUACAAAACCCUGUUCAAAUUCCGCAUAUAAGAUUACUCUCAGAUAGUGUAUACAUUAACGUUGAAGAAGAUCUUUUUGAACAGGAAUUAGGACUAAUUUUAAAAGUAGGUAUCCUAGAACAGAGAGAAAGAUUAGCAAAAUUGAGAACACUGAAUGCAGAAAUAGAGAAACUACAAUUACAAGUAAAAAAUAACAAUGAUUCAGAUUUAAGGAUACAAGCUCAUAUGGAGAAUACAAUCGAUACAUAUAAAAGAAAAUUAAAGGAAAAUUUCUCUACUUCGUGGAUAUCUAGAAUAAAGAAUGCAAGACUUGUAUUCCAUGGAUUACCUAAUACUGUUCAAGAGAACGAAACACUGAAUUUCCACUAUCGAUUUUUUUCCAAAAAAGAAAAUAAUACAGUCAGUAGUUUAGUGAUCAAGGACUUGGAUGCAAAAAUCCAACCACCUUCGUUUGAGGUAAACAAUUACGAUAAUUUUAUCUACAAAUAUGGUAAAGGAGUUCCAAAGGGAAAAUCAUACACAUUACUUAUUCUUUCCGGAAUAGAUUUUAAAACAUCUCUAUGGGAAUUAAGAUUGAGGGAUUACCCAAUCCCGGUACUGUCUUUUCCCGAUACACACACGACUGGUGAUAUAGUGUUCGCUGAGAAAAUGCCAGAACAACAUAAAGGUCUCCAUACAAUAUUUGUCCCGUUUGUCCCGACUACGGCUUCACAAAAAUACUUCGAUGUUAAUUCAAUAUAUUGUUCUAACAUUGUACGUACCAUGAACUCUGUGAAGACAUACUUUAACAUUAAGACAAACGUAGAAUCACCAUCGCCAACACAUAUUACCUGGGGUAAAUCACUUCAACCCGGAUUUGAAUCUUUUAUGCUUUGGUUUGACUAUUUAACUAAACCUAGAUUGGAUCCAUCUGCGAAACUCGGGUUUUGGGAUAAAUUCAGAUUUCUUUUCCAUGGUAAAUGGAUAUAUAAUUUUUCAGAAGACAGUGACCUAAAUAUUAAUAUCAAGGGUGCGCAUGAUCCUUACAAAAUUGUUGAUGAUGGAGCUGGACUAACAUUUUGUUGGUCAGGUGGUACAGCAUUGAAAAUCCAUAACUCUGCUGAUCCUAAAGAGUUUUUAAAAUUCCAAUCUAAAAGCUUUAAACUCGGUGUAAGGGACUUCACAGUAGCCAAUAAAUUCGAAAAAAUAUUCAUGCAAUUAGAUGGAGAUGUUAUCUGGAAGAUGGGUUUAUUAUUUGAAAGUGGUGAUUUUUCGAACCCUGGGGAUGCUCCUCGUGUUCCACCAAGCGUACCUCACUAUAAUGUUCAAUUAGUGAAUCCAGAAGAAGUCCAAGAUAUUCCAAAUUAUGAUUCAUACGAAGGUUUCAGAAGUAACUUUAUUCACAUGGCUAUUGGGGUUUAUUCUUCUGGGAAGGAUGCAUCUAACCACAUCUAUCUUGGUCCAGUGUCAGUUGGUCACUUUUUGACAUGGUGGGAAUUAUUCAAUACAUAUACGUCUGGUCCCAUCAGGCAGGGUCCAUUGUUUUCUGCUUUAGUUCAAAAUAAAACUAAGUUUACAAGGUCCCUAUUUAGUUUUAAAUACCAGUUACACCUGGAGCCAUUGACAGUUUCUCAUAUAUAUAGACACUUCACUCCACGUGAUUUAUCUGAUAAAGAUCAAAAGACUGUAUUUACAGGUAUUAAAGCAAGAAUAAACUCUUUGAAAAUUGAUUUACAUCAGAAGAGAAUAAAACUAACGCAUAGGAACGAAAAACUAAAUAAAUCCAAACCUGUUUGGAAAUUUAAAAUGUUUACGGGUGAAAUUGAUUGCACUGAAGUAGAUUUAAGAGUUAUUUCAGCUACAUUUGACGAGACGGACUUAAAGGAGGCUAUUACGAAAUCAGCGACAACUAGUAUUCCGAUAGAUGAAGGAGCAUUCCGGCAAAAUGAUUGGUUCAAUUAUGAGGAUUAUCUAGAUCUAGAUCAACUUUCAUUAAAGUCUACCAUUCCAACCAGGUUUGAUGCAAUUCCUGUAUUGUUUUCACCGAAAGUUUCGUACUUCAGAAAACUAAAUGAUGAUGGUUAUCCAGUGAGCUUCCCAUUCGGAGGUGAACAAUCGCAUGACUGUAUGAUUGGCAAGAAUCAUCCAGAGAAGACACAAGCAGUGCUUGCACAAAAUCGAAAAAAAGAGAUUGAAAGCCAAAUAAGAAGCUUGGAGCUAUCGUUAAGCAAUCUUGAAUCUAUUCACGGAUCUAAUAGGGAGAAAAAGCAGACUGUUGAAACGUUAAGAAAGCAGCUACACGAGUUAGAACAUCGUUUGCACAUAAUUCAUGAUAUUUUGAAUGAUUUACGUCUAUCUGAAGUUGUGAGCCACACAUAUGACAGCGACUCAGCAGAGAGUUCAUUAAGCAGUUCCGUUAGCACAGAUAGCAACUCAACUAAGGGUGAACUAAAACCAGUAAACCUUGAUCUUCUCAGAACAAAUACGAUUGACUCGUUUAUUUCAAUGAGAAGAGCCUCAACAGUUCAAAUCCAAUCCACUUACGAUAACAGAUUCAUGGUUCAUAAUAUCCAGUUGAAGGUGGAUAAAACAAUAAGGGAUUUAUUGUUAGAAUACGCUUCUAAAGUGUUCGAGAGGAGAACUGUAAGUUAUGCUAUUACCUAUAAUUCAAUUAAAAUUUUCAAAGAACUUCUAAGUAACGUAUUAACUACUGUCAAAACACACAUAGAUGAUUUUGGAAUAUUUGAUGACGAUGAAACUAUACCUAACAAGGAAUUUAUUAGGAGAUUCGAUGAGUUGGUUAAAGAUGUACCAGAUGAUCGGUUUGAAGCCACCGAUCGUUACCUUUUCCGACUGAUAUCGCCACAGAUUCAAAUUACGUCUGAACUGGAACGAAAUACUACAGUUCUUGUAUCUGCUCGUGACAUUGAAGUCGGAAUAAUCGAUAUUAGCCAAGUUAUGAGAAAGUCAGGAAAAAUGCUGGCAAUGGAUUUAAACACAGCAGUAGAAACCCGUUAUUGUGCUAUUGCGAAGGAUCUUCAACUAAUAACUUUAUACAAAGAGAAAUUACUUAAUUCUGAGACAAGAUUUUUCCAUAAAAAUGGCUACGGUAUGGAUGCAUGGUCUGAUUUUUGGCCUCCGUGGAUCCCUCUUGAAGUUUGCUAUGAUGGGUCCUUACUCUCGGACCACAUAUUUUUAAAGAGAAGAUCAAUGUUUUUAACAUUCACUCAACCGAAUCCCCUAUAUUUUGGAGAUGAGGAUAUAUCAACUUUAUCGAAAGAUUCAAAAUUUAGAAUUGGUUUUCCUGGUUUGGUCCUAACCUCAAACUCAGAACAAUACUGCUCUGUGUACUCAAUUAUCCAAGAUUUAUUAUCUUUCAGUUCUGAGUACGAUGAGAAAGUUGAAAAACUUUCAAAACUUCUAUUAGCAGAAGAGAUUAGAAAUAACCUAGAUAAACUUGACGUGUCCGUACUGGCGGAUUUACAGAGACAGAUUAAGGAAUUGUAUUAUACAAGAGCCUUCUUGAAACAAUAUAAACCAAAAACAUAUGCAAGGGUAGCUGAUCAGAUGAAAGAGCAGGUUCACAUGACUGCUUUGAAAUUAACCGUAUUAAUGACAGCUAUAAAAAAGAAUUAUGAUACCAUGUGUGGUAACAACAACUCAACGAAUGGCAAAAAAUUGACAUGGAUUGUUGGAACAGAUGAAUUGAUAUGGAAGUUAUUUGAUGAUCAAAGCAAACCGUUUAUUACCAUUGGAUUAAGCCCAUCGACAUUUACAAGAACCGAAACCUCCGAUGGUGUUAAUAGGAAUAAGGUUAGCAUUAACGCGCUGAAUUGUUUUAAUCAACAAGAAAAUCCUGUGUUCUCUCAGUUAUUGGCGCCUUUUAAAGAAAAUAAUCUAUAUGACGAAUCCAUCCCUAUGAUUGAGGUCUUUUGGAUCCAAGGUCCACCAAUUGGUGGUAUAACAAGCCUUGAGGAGUUAGUUGUUAAAUUACAACCCAUUAUUUUUAAAAUGGAUAAUAAUACUGCAACUAGUAUUCUGGAAUAUCUGUUCCCAAAUGUCGAUUCAAAUGAUAGUGAUAAAGCCUCACAUAGCAACGAAAAUUCACCUUCAAUAAGAGGAACAACAAUAAUAUCCCCAAGAUCGAGUGGUAGCUUUAGUAAUAUAUCAGGUGUUACUUCUGCAAACAAAGAGCUUGUUUCGUGGGAUAUAGGCAGUACUACCAAUAAUAGCACUAGGAGUCAACAUAAUCAUCUUAAAAUAUUAAAUAACCCAAAGACUAGUACAAGCUCGAUUUUUAAAGCUCACGAGUAUAACAUCGAUGAAAUGCUGAAGCGUUCCGGAACAUAUUUUAAUGUAAAAUUUAUUAAAAUAGAAAGAACAAUAAUGUCUGUUUCAUAUAAAGGUAGCCACCAUUUGUUGACUGACGUAAAUCGCUUAAAUGUCAGAGUUCCAGAUUUAAUAUACAAGGAUAAGCUUUGGUCAAGAGAUGAAUUCAUUGCAUCUUUAAAACAUGAUAUUAUAAGAGUUGUUAUGAGAAACAUGGGUAAUAUUAUAGGUAAUAAAUUCCUACCCCAUAAAAAGGAAGAUAGAUCAAAAAUUACGGAUGACAUGAAUAGUAUAAUCGAUGCAGAAGAAAGGGACUCACACGUGAUACCAACACUAUUCACUGAAGCAAAUAGAUCAAAUUAUUCCAUUUCGCUAUCCAAAGGAUCAUCAUCUCAUUCGAAAAUUGUGAAUUUCAAGAGAUUAAAAGAGAGCAUAUCUCGCUCGAAAUCAGACGAAACAGAUGAUUCAAAUAUUAAAUCAUUUUUCCCUUCAAACAAACAAUAG